CACUUGUUAGCCGAUUGCUUUGUCAUGCUGUCUGGCGGUGAUGUCAAACUCGACAUUUAGCGACGGCUAGCCCGCUAGCUAGCUAGGAUAACGCAAACAAAGCAUGGCUACAAUAAACAUACUGGCAGUACGCGAAUAAUCCUCACAGUGCUGCUUUGCUAGUUGUGCUGAGAGUGGAGGCGAGCGCCGCAAGUUUGUUAUUAUUGGCGUUUCAUCAUCACACUACAUUGAGGUGGGGCGAGGAUGACCAGACAGACAGAACCACAGCGUCGGUUCUGAAACGCACACACACACACACAUCUGGACUGCGACAUGAGCUGCCACUCGGUCUGACCAUGGAAAACUCGCCUCUUUUCCAGUACCUGCACGAUCUAGGCCACACCGACUUUGUGGCAUGUCCGACGGCGUCGCAGGAGGAGGAGGAGGAGGAGGGCGGCGGAGUGGAGGGCGACCCCUCCUCCAAGCAGGAAGUCCCACAGAUAGGGGGUCUCAUGCGGACGCUGGCUGAAGCCUUGUGGAGAUGGAGCCCGGUCCACCAGGCGGCCUCGUCUCACAAGCUGGAGCAGCAGCUGGACGCCGUGUUCUGCCAGUACUCUGUGAGGUGCAUUCUGGACCAGGACGUCCUGCUCCAGGAGGACGUGGAGCUCAUCGAGCUGUUGGACCCCAGCCUGCUCACCUUGGGCUCGUCACCCGACCGAGCCGGCUCCCUGCCCCGACCCGGUUUUUUCGCCACGCCCUCGUCUUGGGACGUGGCAGGUCUCGUGGGCCUGGCUGCUGUCCUGCUGGGUCUGUGCUCAGCAUCCGGGGGUCUUUGGUCACUGACCGUUGCCCCGUGGGGGCUGGCCCUGCUGGGCUGGGCGGGACUGAGGGCGGCGGGGCUGUGGAGGCAGGGCCGAGGGCAGCGGGUCGUCCACGCCGGAGUGUCGCAGCUUCACGCGCUGGUCCACAACAGCAAGACCCUGACGGGUUUGUCCCGUAAAGCUCUGCGUCUGGUCCAGGAGACGGAGGUCAUCUCCAGAGGGUUCACCCUUUUGCUCGACAGGGUGAGUGCGGCCGGCACCUUUAGCAGGGCGGGGCCGGGGGCGGUGCCACGGGGACAGCAGCUGAUCGGACUGAGGAAGGCCUUGUACCGGGCCCUCCGCUCCGCCUUCAGAGCCUCCCGGAGAGCCACGUGUCACAUGCUCAAGGCGUUCCCCCUGAGCUCGGAGAUCGACAAUGUGACCAACUACGUGUCCGCAGUGCCUCUGAAGGAGCUGGGUCUCGGCCUAGGGAUCGAGCAUCUGGGGGACGAGCAGGCCCAGGAGCUGACUGAUGACUACAGUCUCCCCGCCCUCAAGGUGUUGUACCAGCUGUGGGUGGGGCAAAGCUCAGAGUGCUUCCGCAGAUUAGCCCUUCUCUUGUCACCACGACGACUGGAGGAGGAGUCAAAGGAAGCGGGCGAGCCCAUAGAAGAUCCCUCCCCGCCGCUGCCGCCCCCUCCAGCUCCGCCUGCUUUGCAUCGCUCCAUCGUCGCGGUGACCGAGCCUCUCCACCACGCUCUGGCCGCUUGUCUCGGGGAGGUGCAGCGCAGCUACGACUUCCACCGUCACUUCCAGACGCAGGAGCGGAUGUCAGGCUCGGACCGCAACGGUCGAGUCCGGGAGAAAUGCAGAGAGAUCAACACUCUUCACACUUCCAUCCGAAGCCUGCAGCUGCACCUCAAAGCCCUGCUCAGCGAGAUGAUCAUCCUGGAGGACGACCUGGAGAAGCUGAUGGUGUCCAAGGAGCCGACAGAGCUGACUCUGGAGGGCUACCAGGACCUGAGCGAGCGGCUGCACCAGCUGGAGCCGCACAUGCAGGCCAGCACCGGCUGCUGGGACGACACCGUCGGGCAGGUGGAGCGCAUGCUGAGGCGGGCCAGCGCUUGUCCAGGCACCGCUGACGCUCCAGACCAGAGUGGCACUCCCGAGUCCGAGGUCCCAGACCCUCCUCCGUCUUAUCCCUUGAUCCUGGAUCGAGAUCCGGUUCCAGAAGAGCUGGAGUGGGAGGCCUACGUGUCGGAUUCCGACUCGGACGGAGGCGGGAAGGAUUUCUGGUGCGACAUGUUGUCUCCGGAGGAGAGGGAACGUCAGCGGCGCGAGCGGGAGGAGUCCCGUCGCGUCCUGUCGGAGCUCAAAGCGGUGCUGGGCUUUCGUGCGUCCGAGGGAGAGAGGAUGAAGAGGAAGCAGAUGCUCUUCAGCGACCAAGCUGCAGUGACACCUUCAACUUGCGGUCCGAGCUCCGACAUCGCAGAAAAAGGUGACGAAGGAGGAAACGGCCAACCAGAGUCCACGGCAGGAAACCAGGAGGAAGCCAGGGAAGGAAAGGACCAGCGGGUGAGUCCUGACCCCAACGACAAGCCGGUGACGGAGUUCAGCUGCGGUUCGGAGGCAGCGGGAGCAUCUGUGUUCACCGGAGGAGGAGGCGGAGCUUCCGAGCUGCACCAAUACGACGGCGUCCCGGAGGAGGGGGAGGAGCAGAAUGGUAUGGACUGGCCCCUGAAGCCCAAAGUUCCCGCUUUCUCUGUGAUGGACAGAUUGACAGGGAUUCAUAGCUCGGACACGCUGAGCUUCAGCUCCGCCCUCGCCGCCCAGGUGGCGGCACGGUCGCAGACGCUCGUGAAACUGGAGGAGCAGACGUUUGGAGAUGAGGGGGAGGAGGAGGGUGAAGAAGAGGAGCAUUGAACAAAGAUUAAUUAUCUUUAAUCAAGCAGUGCUUGUGUUAGCUUGUGGAGCUAGUUCACAUCGUUCUCCAUCCAUCUUCCUUUACUGCUCUCUUGCUGUCAAAACUCAGGUACCAAAACCACUGAAACCACGUCUGACCUCAUCUGUGAAGAUUCUUCUCACUAUUCUUGAACCCUAAUGGAACUGGACUUGUUGGAGAUUCUGGAAGGUUGAGGUGCAAACAUCUGGAAUGGAAUAAAAACCUUGGUGGCUUAGAAGAGAACCGUGUGGAACGCCACUCAUGCCAAUUAGUUGCAUUUGUUCAGAACAUGUAGCAUUGCGGUCAGAAAACCAUAAUGGUUUGUGUGGGAUGCUAUUUUUACUGUCAGGGUUUUAUUUUGGAGGGCUGUGCAUUCAUCAUACACGCGGACGUGAGUAUUUGGAAUUAUUUUAAGACCGUUGUGACAUCACCCAUGGGGAAAGAAGGAGUGUCUGAUGAGUAUUUGCUUGUUAUUUCUGUCAUGUGAGAGACAAUCACUGCUCUCUCUUUUCAAAGACGUCACCAUAGAAGUGGGACAGCUUUUCCUGGCCUACAGUACGCCCUGCCUUGUAGGUGAGGGGUACGCCUCUCAUGCGUUUUCCAACGUGAAAUAAAAUCCUAUUCAACAGUG